AUGGGAGCCAGGAGAAGAGGCGCCAAGGAGGUCGUCUUCUGCUCCAGCUCGUCCACCGAAAGCGACUAUAAACUAUUGUCCUACAGAUCAUCUCAUCAAUUUUUAGCGUGGUCUAUACUGACCCGAAGCGCGUUGGUGCGCAUAGAUCGUGCCACACCAGCACUGUUGAUAGGGCUGUUAUUCAACACACAAUUCCUCACACAACUCUCCUUCACUGCUCAUACACUCUCCUGCUCCUUCAUUGCCCAUAUACUCUUCUGCUCCUUCACUGCUGAUACAUUCUCGCGAUCCUUCACUGCUCCCACACUUUCCUUCACCGUCAUUGUUCGAAAAAUGCUCCAUAUUUUCAUCAUCGCUCAAGCUACCAUGGCAUUGAAGGCCUGUGGCCCUUUCUGGAAAAGAAAGGGUAUGAGUCCGUCCUUCACCAUCCUUCCACCCAACUGCUCCACCUCCCCGACUCGUUUGAUCACAAUUCAGUAAUACGCGUCGACGUCCUCAGAUCUUUAACAUCACCAUCCGCAACGCGUACUCCUUGAGAAAUAUGACUGUCUAGAGAAUCAAUGAGA